AACCUUUGUGAUCUGUGGUGAACAUAACCUCUAAAGUCUGUGAUGGUGGAUAGAGCAAAAAGUCCCAGUUUCCAUCACUCAGUUUACUUGCAUUUAUCUAUGGUUUACCCAAGGAAAGCCUCGAUUAAUUUGAAAGCGCGAGAAGACCACUUGGACUGAGCAGGAAUAUGCGAAUAUUUGGGUUAGAAACUGGAAGCAAACCGAACUUCACUAGAACAGUUGAAAUUGGCCUCAGGCCACCAGGCAUCUAACAGUAAAGUAGAAUAAAGUGAGCAGGUAAGUGAAGCGUCCUUGAUCUGCCACUUGAUUGUUGUUAUUUCGAAUCUGCGCGGCCUGCCUGCAGAGUGUUGAGAGCCAAAAGCGACUAAGCAGGAAGCAGGAGCGACUUUUAGUCAAUAGUCUCGUCUCUACUCAACAAUAAUAAUGAAUCCGUGUGUUAUUCCUACGUUUCCAGUGGAUAUUGUUGGCGAUGGCAGAUGGAUGUCCAUGCACAACAGAUUCGUCCAGCAGGCGAAAAGCAGCGAACCUGACGUGGUCCUAAUAGGAGACAGUAUCAUUCAACAACUGCAGUUCAGCUCCUUAUGGACGGAGAAAAUCAGCUCCCUCCACUGCAUCAAUUUGGGGAUUGGUGGCGAUCGAGUGGAGAACGUGCUCUGGCGAAUCAAGAACGGAGAAUUCUAUUUUCCGACUAGAGUGAAGGCGGUGGUGCUGUUUGUGGGCACCAACAACACCGACUGCACUCCCCAUGAGAUCUUUGAGGGUAUUCUGGAGAUCGUCAAGCAGAUCAAGCAGCUGCUGGGGAACGUGAUCAUAGUGAUCCCGACUUUGCUCCCUAGAGGACAGUUCCCGAAUCCAUACAGGGAGAGGAACGACCACGUCAACACCUUCCUAGUGGAUAAGUUCUCCAAUGAGGCCAACAAGGACGAGCUGACUGAGAACGUUCACGUGGUGAAAAUCCACGAGAAUAUUGUGGGAAACGACCAAACCAUCAGCCAUCACAUCAUGCACGAUUAUCUGCAUCUGACCAAUAAGGGCUAUACGAAGAUCUUCGGCAAGGUUUAUGAUACGCUAUGCGAGUUGCUGCAAACCAGCUAAAUGUCCUUUUGCUUCAGGUUUUUUUAAGUUGCUGCUUUAUUUAUUUAAUCGAUUAUUUUGCCAAAUAUAUAUUUUUCUUUA